AUGAUCUCCACUCGAUCCGCCGCGAUUGGAUACGACAUCUGAUGGGAAUCCAAAACAUCGAUUAUUACGAUUAUUCUUGAGAGAUUGCUGCGGGAAUCUGGACGGACGGACACACACACACGGCAUUCCUGAGACCUGCAGGACGUUGACAUCUGAAGGGCAACGAAACGUUUCCUGCCGUGAUUCCUCAUGUAGACCCAAGCCGUUUGAAAGACUUGGAGGAUUCCAUCGCUCACAGACAGUCAAGAAUGACCCUUGCCUGUGCUUCAGCUCGGAAACACCUCAGAUGCUCGAGAACCUCGAUUUAAAAACACAAAUCUCCCCUUUUAUCUCUUUUGUACCGGCUCAUGGAGAGACUACUGAUAGAGUCUGGAUAAAAUCAAGAAGGAAAAACAGAGAACUCUGCUGAGCCUGCAGGUUUGAACUUUGGCUUUGGCACACCCCUCAGGAGAAGUCAAAGAGACACACACUGUAUCAUCAUUCACCUAAGUGGGGAGAACUCUCUUUGUCUGGUUGUCUGAAAUGAAGCCAAAGUGCGGUUCCACCAUGUGGCCCCUUGGGCCACUGCUGUUAGCCGGGCUCUUGGUGUCGUCGGGGGGCCUUGAAUUUGGUGGCGGUCCCGGGCAGUGGGCACGUUACGCCCGUUGGGAGGCGGGCAGCAUCGGAGAGCUCAGCUUCAGCCUGAAAACAAACGCGAGCAAAGCACUGGUCUUGUACCUGGAUGAUGGAGGGAACUGUGAUUUUCUGGAACUGUUGAUUGGAGGCGGACACCUGCAGCUCCGGUUUGCCAUCCACUGCGCCGAACCUGCCUCGCUGCAGAUGGAAACCCGCGUCAACGACGACCGAUGGCACAUGGUGCUGCUCACCCGGAACUACCGUGAGACCAUGCUGAUGGUGGACGGGGAGACCAAAGUGGAAGAGGUCCGGUCCAAGCGCAGGGAAAUGGCAGUGGUCAGCGAUCUGUUCGUGGGAGGGAUUCCGCCUGAUGUGCGUCUGUCCGCCCUCACGUCCAGCACGGUGAAAUAUGAACCUCCGUUUAUGGGAUUGAUCUCCAAUCUGAAGGUGGGAGAGAUGCCGCCGACUCUGCUGAACAGCAACGGGAUUCAGAACGACGUGGAGUACCUGUGCAUCAAGCAGAACCCGUGUCUGAAUGGAGGAUCCUGCGCCGUCCAGUUUGGAGAAAUUCACUGCGACUGUUCGCAGACGCGCUUCAGAGGAAAAUACUGCAAAGAAGAAGAACACGUGUCGGAAGGUCUGGCGCACCUGACGUUAAACAGCCAAGACUGGCCGGUGACCCCUGGCCUCUCGUCCACAGGUGAUUCAUCUCAAGUGGGAAAGGAAGAGUCUGUCGCGACAUUCAAGGGAAACGAGUUUUUCUGCUACGAUCUGUCGCUGACGCCGAUCCAGAGCAGUACGGAUGAGAUCACGCUGUCGUUCCGCACGCUGCAGCGUAACGGCCUGAUGCUGCACACCGGGAAGUCUGCAGAUUACGUCAAUCUGUCGCUGAAGAGCGGAGCCGUGUGGCUCGUCAUUAAUCUCGGAUCAGGGGCGUUCGAGGCGCUCGUGGAGCCGGUUAACGGGAAGUUCAACGACAACACGUGGCACGAUGUUAAAGUCACCAGAAACCUCCGGCAGCACUCAGGCAUUGGACACGCUAUGGUAAACAAACUGCAUUAUAUGGUGACCAUAUCGGUGGAUGGUAUUUUGACCACCACUGGUUAUACGCAGGAGGAUUACACCAUGUUGGGUUCUGAUGAUUUCUUCUACAUCGGUGGAAGUCCCAACACAGCGGAUCUGCCCGGAUCUCCAGUCAGCAACAACUUCAUGGGCUGUUUGAAAGAUGUCGUCUACAAGAACAAUGACUUCAAACUUGAACUUUCCCGUCUGGCCAUUGACAGAGACCCUAAGAUCAGUCUGCACGGUGAUCUGGUGUUCCGCUGUGAGGAUGUAGCGGCCCUGGACCCCGUGACGUUUGAGACCCCCGAGUCUUACAUCACCCUGCCGCGCUGGGACACCAAGAAAACCAGCUCCAUAUCCUUUGAUUUCCGCACCACUGAGCCCAGCGGACUGCUGCUGUUCAGCCACGGCAAACCUCAGAGCACCAAAGACCAGCGACCGGGCCGUGAGAUGAAGAGCGAUUACUUCGCCAUGGAGCUGCUGGACGGGUUCUUAUACCUGCUGAUGGACAUGGGCUCCGGCAGCAUCAAACUCAAGACCAGCAACAAGAAGGUCAAUGAUGGAGAGUGGUGUCACGUCGACUUUCAGAGGGAGGGGAGGAGGGGAUCCAUCUCUGUCAACAGCCGCUCCAUCCCCUUCAGCUCAAACGAGGGCAGUGAGAUUCUGGAUCUGGACGGUGACAUGUUCCUGGGCGGUUUACCUGAUACCCAGCAGGGUCUGGUUCUUCCACCCGAGGUCUGGACGGCUCUGCUCAACUACGGUUACGUGGGCUGCGUGCGUGACCUCUUCAUUGACGGGAAGAGCCGUGACGUCCGUCGGCUGUCUGAGAUCCAGAGCACUCCGGGAGUGAGCAGCUUCUGUACCCGUGAGCUGCAGAAGAGGUGCAGCAGCGCCCCCUGUUAUAACGGAGGACAGUGUAAAGAGGGCUGGAACCGCUACAUGUGUGACUGCACCGGGACCGGCUUCCUGGGAAACAACUGUGAGAUCGAGGCCACGGUGUUGAGCUAUGACGGCAGCAUGUAUCUGAAGAUCAUCAUGCCCAGCACAAUGCACACGGAAGCUGAAGACGUGGCCCUGCGCUUCAUGUCUCAGAGGGCGUAUGGGCUGCUCAUGGCCACCACCUCCAAAGAAUCAGCGGACACUCUUCGUCUGGAGCUGGACGGAGGACGAGUGAAACUCACGGUCAACCUCGACUGUAUCAGGAUAGACUGUAACCUCAGUAAGGGUCCAGAGGUUCUGACAGCGGGGCAGAAGCUGAAUGAUAACGACUGGCACUCAGUGAAAGUGAUCCGGCGCGGCAGAAACCUGCAGCUGUCUGUGGACAACAUCACCGUGGAAGGUCAGAUGACGGGCGAUCACACCCGUCUGGAGUUCCACAACAUGGAGACGGGCAUCAUGACAGAGCGCAGGUUCAUCUCGGUGGUCCCGUCCAACUUCAUCGGGCACCUGCAGGGUCUGAUGUUCAACAGCGUGCCGUAUCUGGACCAGUGCAAGAACGGAGACAUCUCGUACUGUGAGCUGAACGCUCGCUUCGGCAUGCGGCACAUCAUCGCCGACCCCGUGACCUUUCGAAACAAAGCCAGUUACCUGGCGCUGGCCACGCUGCAGGCGUACGCCUCCAUGCACCUGUUCUUUCAGUUUAAGACCACCACCAGCGACGGCCUGGUGCUCUUCAACAGCGGAGACGGCAGCGACUUCAUCGUGGUGGAGCUCGUGAAAGGGUACAUUCACUACGUGUUUGAUUUGGGUAACGGGCCGUCGCUCAUGAAGGGAAACUCAGAGAAGCCUCUCAAUGACAACCAGUGGCAUAACGUGGUGGUGUCCCGCGAUACGAAUAACGUCCACACGCUGAAGAUCGACUCUCGCACCGUCACUCAACACUCCAACGGCGCACGGAACCUGGACCUGAAGGGUGAGCUGUACAUCGGUGGAGUAGCCAAGAACAUGUACAACAGUCUGCCUAAGCUCAUCGCCUCGCGGGACGGCUAUCAGGGCUGCCUGGCCUCUGUUGAUCUGAACGGACGUUUGCCCGACCUGCUUGCAGAUGCCCUCCACAGGGUCGGUGAGAUGGAUCGAGGAUGCGACGGACCGAGCACGACCUGUACGGAGGACUCAUGUCAUCAUCAGGGGGUGUGUCUGCAGCAGUGGGAGGGCUUCUCUUGCGACUGUUCCAUGACGUCCUAUGGGGGCUCGUACUGCAGUGACCCUGGGACGACGUAUAUCUUCGGUCGUGGAGGAGCCCUCAUCACAUACACGUGGCCACCGAACGACCGGCCGAGCACGCGGGCAGACCGGCUGGCGGUGGGCUUCAGUUCACAGCUGAAAGAAGCUGUGCUGGUGCGGGUGGAGAGUGCUAAGGGUCUCGGGGACUAUCUGGAGCUUCACAUAGAGCGAGGGAGGGUCGGGGUUAUAUUUAACGUGGGGACGGAUGACAUCAUCAUCGAGGAGAGCGGCGUGAUGGUGAGUGAUGGGAAAUAUCACGUGGUGAGGUUCACACGGAGCGGAGGAAACGCCACACUGCAGGUGGACAAUCUGCCAAUCCUGGAGAGAUUCCCCUCAGGGAACUUUGAUAAUGAACGGCUGGCUAUUGCUAGACAAAGAAUCCCGUACCGACUCGGUCGGGUAGUAGACGAGUGGCUACUCGACAAAGGUCGGCAGCUGACCAUCUUCAACAGCCAGGCGUUCAUUAAAGUGGGCGGUGGUGAGAAGGGUCGUCAUUUUCAGGGUCAGAUCUCGGGGCUCUAUUAUAACGGCCUGCAGGUGCUGAAGCUGGCCGCCGAGAGCGACUCUAACAUUCAGGUGCACGGAAACCUGCGUCUGGUGGGAGACGCGCCGUCUGUCAUGACCACCGACACCACGUCCACCACCCCGCUCGCAGACAUGUCCACCACCAUCAUGGAGACCACCACUACCAUGGCAACCACCACCACACGCAAACAACGCUCACCCACCAUGAGAGACAGUGUUACUCAGAAUACUGAUGAGCUGUUAGUGGCGUCUGCAGAAUGUCCAAGUGAUGAUGAAGAUCUUGAGGAGUGUGAGCCUGGAAAUGGAGGCGAACUCGUGUUGCCCAUUAUAACCGUGGAUUCCCUUGAGCUCCCAUCAAUAGCAACACGUUACCCCGUUAUACCCCCGCCCCCCACCUAUCGCCCCUUCCUCACCCUACUCGAGACCACCAGAGAGUCUCUGCCCCUGCCCGCUCGCCCCCGCUGUCCACCGGACCAGGAGGACUGCGACGAAGCCGCAGAGGUGUCGGCCUACGGUUCAGGUGAAAUGACGGAGACGGACGACGAGGAUUAUUAUAAAAACUCGCCCCUCGUCACUGACAGGACGGUGCUUCCCCCUCCCCCCGCGGGCGACCGCCACUUGUCCCGUCCGCCCGACACGCACCGGCCUUCGCACCCCUUCGUCCCCACGUCACCCCCGGAACACCCCGUUCCCCACCUCAAACCCGCCGGCCCCAACAUCCCGGCGGGUAAAAUGAACACACGUGACCAGGUGUUGCUGCCGCCCGUCCAGCCGUCGGGCAACCCCGAGCACGGCGGGCGGCAUCGACACCCGGGCGUAACGUAUCCUCCCGAUUUCCCCCGUAUGCCCGCUACAGAUCCGUCGUCGCCGGACAGAGGCCCGCCGGGAGCGGUGGAGGUGAUCCGGGAGUCCAGCAGCACCACGGGAAUGGUAGUGGGCAUCGUGGCCGCAGCGGCCCUCUGCAUCCUCAUCCUGCUGUAUGCCAUGUACAAGUACCGCAACCGCGACGAGGGCUCCUACCAGGUGGACCAGAGUCGCAAUUACAUCAGCAAUUCAGCCACGCAAAGCAACGGCACUCUAGUGAAAGAGAAGCAGCCCGGGGCUGCCAAGAGCGGCACCAAGAGCAAGAAAAACAAGGACAAAGAGUAUUACGUCUGAGCGCGCUCCGGAGAGACGGAGGCCAAUGGGGAGAGAGAGCAAGAGAGAGAGGAUGGCAGUUUACAUGCUGUUGUGAAUCUUCUAUCAUUUCCCAUCCAGAUCUAACAAACAGUUCUCGCCUUUCAUGGUUCUGCCUUUUGUACCGUUUCAUCUCAUUCCCCUGGUUUGUUCUUUGUAAAUACGACACGAGUCACCUCCUCAGCUGAUGACGCAACUCAAGCGUGCGCAGUCUUGCACUGCGCAUCUUUUGACGAAUGAGCGAGUUGGUUUGGGCGACCUUUCGAGAUUGUCAAACUCAUCAGUUAAGCUGCCAAACCCGCUCGCUGUCAAAUCCGUCUCUCUCGAGUGUCGGUCCCUCCCGUCUCCCUCCGUCUCUUUGUCCUUGGUGCUCAGGAGCAGAUGCAACGUCAUUCUGUUGUGUUUCUAGCAUGUGCUAUUCAACAUGAAAAGAGACUUAAAACUGUUUCAGUGGAGUCAAACCAGUUAAUCUAUAUAUCAACAAAUUACGACUAGCAAAACUUGAGAACUACUAAACAUAUGUGGAUGACUCGGAUGAUGUUCAUCGCGUGUGAGUGUGUGCGUGGAUCUUGGUUUAAGCACGUGAGGAAAGUGUCCGGCGCUCUCAGAGAGAAACUUUUACACGCAGAUGGACCUCACGAGAGAUCUGAUGUGUGAACAAACAUCAAACCCUCGAGAUAUGAAGCACACAGACUGUGGAGUGCUAGAUUUCUUUUGUGUGUGUGUAUGUGUUUUAUUCAGUCAUAAUGAAGAGGGAUUAAUGACAGUAAUGUUGGAGUUAAUGUGGAAACACAGGAGGAAAGAAAGAAAUCGAUGUAAACUUGGGGAACAACCUCUUGUGAAAAGAAAUCCAGCCGUUCCUCGGAAGAACUCUUGAGCUGUAGUAUUUUGUUAAAAAAACUAACCUUCCACUGAAAUGUUUCAAAGCGUUUGUGAAAUGUCUAAAUAUUUGAAUCCCAUCCCAGUGCUUAAAGAGACACGUCUUUUUUUCCAAAUGAUCAAAAUAAGAAUGGCCGUGAAUCAGAAAGCAGAAGUUCCUUUGAUUGUAAAACAAGAUGAGAUGAGAUUUCUUUCUUUCAACAUCCAUGUCUGUCCUUCAUCUAAACGACUGAGCGUGUCUUCUCAUCCUCUGUGUGUGUGUGUGUGUGUGUGUUCCAUUCUUUCUGUUCCGUCAAUCAAAUUGAGAUCUCCUCAACGCUCUGCCCUGUUCUUCUUCAAUGUUAUUGUAAAGUGUUUCAGUGAGAUGAAUCUGCAUAGGUGUAUAUUACCAGAAGGGAAUACAAUUGGUUAUAUACUUCUUA